AUGCUGACAACCUCUUCAGAUCAGCAUCAUAAGAAGAAAUAUUUAAGACUCAUAUCUCAUAAAAUUCUAAAGUAUUUACGUCUUCCACAUCAUAAUAAAUUAAAUCGUGAUCAAAAACAUCGUCAACGUGAGGAGGGAGUUGCUAUACCCGGUCCAGUAUUAACUCAUCACAUGGUCACGCCAGGGGAUCAAAUCGCCCAGGAGCAAGUGCAACAAAAGCAUGAUGAAAUUAUGAGUAUUCAUCAAACAGAUAAUGAUGUGAAACGUCAAAAGAAG